CUCGCCCAAUCCGCGUCUGGGGCGGUGGGGGAUCCGGCUGGAACCGGUUGGGGCCGCGUCCGGCUCUCGGUAUAUAAAACUUUAUAAACACCCCGAUUCAAAUUAGUGGGGUCGCGAGCGGCACGGCACGAAGGAAGCAAGCGAAGGCAUAUUUUUUUUGUCCCUUUGGCCUUGCCGUCGUUUCCCGCCUCGUUGAGAGACCUUUUUUCGGUUGCUUCAUUUUCUCUCUUUCUGUCCUUUUUUUUCCUGUCACGCGCCGUCGACAUGCCCAAGAGAAAGGCUGAAGGAGAUACCAAGGGUGACAAGGCCAAAACAAAGGAUGAGCCACAACGGAGAUCAGCAAGGUUAUCUGCUAAACCUGCUCCUCCAAAGCCAGAACCCAAACCUAAAAAGGCAGCUCCAAAGCAGAAGGGUGAGAAGGUAGCCAAGGGAAAGAAGGGGAAAGCCGAUGCAAACAAGGAUGGAAAUAACCCUGCAGAAAAUGGAGAUGCCAAAACAGACCAGGCACAGAAAGCUGAAGGUGCUGGGGAUGCCAAGUGAAUUGUGUGAAUUUUUGAUAACUGUGUACUUCUGGUGACUGUACAGUUUGAAAUACUAUUUUUUAUCAAGUUUUAUAACAAUGCAGAAUUUUGUUUUACCUUUUUUUAAAAGCUAUGUUGUUAGCACACAGAACGCUUCGUUGUUGUGUUUUAGGGGGAGGAGAAGGGGACAAAUAUCAUUGAAUCUGUUACUUAGAACCUGAACUUUUAAAGUCCCUUCAUUUUUGCUAGAGGGGAUAUUCAUGGAAACAAAGACAAAAGAUUCACAGAUAUUGUUUUUCAAAUGGUUAAACAUUUACAUUUCCCAACUGCCUGUGUCUUGAGGAGAAGGAAAUUUUUUAAAAUUCUGCUUACCAUGUUCAUUCUUUUCACAUUGUCAUUUGCUUUGUAUGUAUCACUCCUCAGAAUGGCAUAGGGAUCUUUACUUGCUUUCUUAAAUCAAGCCAAUCUUAAUCGUGUCAGACAGUCCAGAUCUCUGGUGUCAAAUACUAAGGAAGGGAAGAUGGCUCAUAAAUGAGCAGCAUUUUAUAGUGCGAAUCUUCAGAUUAAGAAUUCUGCCGAUUUUAUUUUCCUCUAAAAGUCAGGGUAGGAUUGUGAAAAGUUGUUAAACAACAUACUUAAAUGUGAAAAGUGUCCACCCUCACUCUAAACUUUCCCCGUCCCAAGUACAAAUUGAAGAUUCUUCAUUGGGUUUUAUAUAGGAAGUUUACAUUUUGGUAGUUCAAGAAGAAGGGGAGUUGGGACUUGUUGUAAAACAUUGCAGAUUGUAGCCCAUGUCCUGCCUGAAUACCAUUGAUUGAUCGUUUUAUGAAAAGUACCUUUAAUAAAGCUGGAUAUUGUUUGGCUUGGACUGUUUUUAAAUAGUAUUGUGUUUGCUUCAUGGUGUACUUUUAUUUCGGUUUUUCACUUCUAUUUAAGCUUCCAAGUUUAUCCCAAACACAAUACUAGUAUGCUCACCGAGGUGGAGAAAUCGCACAUUUGAAUACUUUGCCAUGAGAAGAUUAGCAUGUUACCGGGGUGGGGGUCCUUGAUAUGCUCUUGAGUACUCAGUUAUGUUUUUCCCAUCUGUCCAGAGAAUUGUACUGUACUGUAUUUUUUAAAGAUCCAUACCUAUUCCUUAGGUAAGCUAGAGUUUUCAGUCACCUUCCUUGUGUUUUGCAAAAAAUAAAAAAUGGUUCUUUAGGGGCUGCUACAGUCGGAGAAUGGAGUACAAUUAUGUAGAAAAGCCAUGGGUCAACACCCACAUCUGAAUACUUUUAUGUAUGGUUGGAUUAAAAGCCAAGGGUUGUAUUUACAGAAUUAGUAAUGUCAUUGUUUGGUUUUGAUCUGAACAUAAUACAGUACUGAACUAGUCAGUUGAAAUAAUAGAAGUAUUUUAUGAACAAAUAACAUAAAAUGUAUCUUUUUAUAUAUUGAAUAUUCAAAGGCCAUACAACUUGACAUUUUGUGUUUUAUAACAAAUCAGCCCCAGUCAAUGAUGUGUGUAAAUUUGCAUAGUUGGACUUUCUGAUGACAGAAUUAUGUUGCAUGUUUUGACAAUAAAAUGUUUCAUAGCCCUA